AUGUUUUACUCGCAGACUCAUUUGGCUCGAAAGGGUCCACUGGGGACGGUGUGGACCGCCGCUCACUUGCAAAAUCGCCUCAAGAAGUCUCACUACACCGCCACCAACAUCCCCCAAACUGUUGUCGACUUGCCGGAGGACGCGAGACAGGCGCCGGUUGAGUCUGUGACGUUACCUCAAACACUAAACUUGGAAGAUUUCGACUUGGAGGAUCACACACUCGACGGGGAAUUUGAUAACAAUCUCCGGAAUGAGGAAGAUAUCACUCUCACAGAUCAAAUUCCUACUGGCGUUGAUCCUUAUGUUUCUAUAACAUUCGAUGAGGACAUCAUUCCAGAAUCUAGCCCGAUGGAUGUCGACCAAUCCACAGUCCCUGUGAGUGGGAAUCUUGGAGAAACUGAUGUUGAAAUGGCUUAUGAGACAGAACGAAACGAUGAGCCAGGAGACUUCAAUGUUGGUCUAGAUACUGGAACUCAUGGUCCUCGUGGCGACACAGAGGAAAUCCCUGAGUCCCAGGAUCCUAGACAAAGUAACAUGACAGAAGCGCUCAAUCCCAGUCCCGAGAGAAGCAAUGCCAGUUCUCCUGGAACUGUUCCCGAGAUUGAGAGAAUGCGUGACGCUGCACAUGAUUUCAGCCCUCCAUCAUUUGCUGCACGUGAUUUCACCCCUCCAUCAUUUGCUGCUGCGCAACAGAACACUGGGUCUUUAGAUGAAACUUUGAAUGUUAAGGAACACACUAUGCCUGAUAUUGAUGAAGAAGUGUUAAAUUCUAGAGGAAAUUCGACGGGUGAGCUUCGCUCAGGAUCUCCGUUUGAGCUUCGCUCAGGAUCGCCGUUUGUGCUUCGCUCAGGAUCUCCGUUUGUGCUUCGCUCAGAAACUCCUCCUCCUCCUUCUCCUCCUCCUCCUCCUCCCCAGCCACAAGCAAGGCCAGGGAAGAGGAAGCGCUUUGAUAAGGUCACAGUAUUAUCUAACAGGUACAUGAGAGAAAGGCUUGAGGAUCCUAGUGAUACUGUUUGCAAGAGAAAGAAGAUGCCUUCUUCUAAAGUAAAAAUCUGGAGAAUGAAUAACCAGUCAAAGAAGGAUCAGAUUUUCAAUGAGCCCUUGCUUACUGGCUUCUCAGAUGCUUUACGCAGCGUAUUUGAAAAGGACUGUGUAACUUCAAAGCCACAUCUUGCUGUUUCUGAUGAAACUAUUCCUCAACCUGCAUCUGUAUCAUCUCCUACUCGAGAAGCUGAAACAGAAGUUAACCCGACCUCCCCUAUUCCACAAUCUGCGGUUCCUGAUUCUACUAUUCCAGACAGUACAGUUCCUCUGUCUCCAGUUCAACAAACUGAAGAUGUCCAAGACAUUGCAAACCCUCGGUCCGCACAGGCAGAGUCUGUAGCAACAGAAUCUCUUCCGCCAAUCGAGCGUUUAAGGGCUGGCGGUUGCCCUGUGUACAUGCCGUCGCCACCUCCAAGAUUUUCACCUUCUAGAACCGAUGACUUCACCACUCAGCCUCGGAUUUGGGAGACAGAGUCUUACAGAACAGAGCCUUCAACUUCCACAUAUCCAGAGGAUCGGCCUGGACGAUGGAACUCGGGGAUUUCACCAAUUCCUGGAAUGGCAGACGAGGAACUUUAUUUCUUGGAGGUAGGUGGAGAUACGCCGGUAAGAUCACCAACUAGUCAAGAUUCUGAUGGUUUGACAGGGAGAACAAGAGCCUUGGCUCAGUAUCUUAAGGAACGUUCUUCAAGUAGUCCCACUUCAAGCGAUCAUUCUGGAGACUUGAGUUUGGGCAAGAUCUUGGCAGGAAAAACAAGGAAGCUAGCUGCUCGAAUGUUCUUCGAGACACUGGUUUUGAAGUCUAGAGGACUUGUAGAUGUGAAACAAGAGCAACCCUACAGCGAUAUCGCUCUGAAGUUGAUGCCUGCCCUUUUUUCGAAAGUGCAAUCAUGA